AUGGCUUUUCGUCCACAAAGAAUUGCACAGCAUCUCUGUCGCACAGCAACCCCACGGUCUCUUCCACGACCAACCCAGUCGCUAUCAAGCACAAGCCAAGAUGCAUGCAUGCUCUGCCGAUAUCGCCAGCCAGCGCGAGGACUAACAACCCUCCCAACACGUCGAGCUCUCAUCACCCAGAAACCCGUGACACAGCGCCGCUCUGCCUCGACAGAAACCUCGAACCCAACAGAAGCAAACAAAACAACUCUCGCCGGCGCGCCAGACAUAACCAACCACUACACGAUCUUCCCUCAAACGCUUCCAGCAGGCCCACCACCAGCCUCUGCGUUCGCAAUCCCGACCAGCGAUCUCCGCCGCGAAUUCUUGCAACUGCAAGGACUCAUCCACCCGGACAAAUACCCCAACGGAGUGGAGAAGCAGCUCGCCGAGGGCCUCUCAGCACGGAUUAACGAAGCGUACCGGACACUCCUGGACCCGCUGCAGCGAGCACAGUACAUUCUACGGGAAUGGCACGGGAUCGACGUGACGGCGGAAGACGCGUCGACUAAGCAUGCGCUUGACGCGGAGACGCUGAUGGAGGUUAUGGAGGUGCAGGAGACUAUUGAGGAGGUUGGGGCGUCUGCUGAGGCAGUGGCGCAGAUCAAUGCGCUUAAGAAGGAGAAUGAGGGGAGGGUUGUUGAGUGUGUGGGGAGGCUUGGGGAGGCAUUUGAGAAAGGGGAUUUGGAGGCUGCGAGGAAGGAAUGUAUUCGGUUGCGGUUUUGGUAUAGUGUUGGGGAAGGGCUGAGGGAGUGGGAGCCGGGGAAUACGGAGAUUCGGUUGAUGCAUAGUAGUUAA